AUGGCGACAGUGGAGCUACUGAACACACCGCAGCCGCAUUUGAUACCGGGGUAUACGGGCUGUUGCCCGCAGUACCGGUACAGGUGUGGAGAAACUUAUGGCAGCUUGACUCAUAAACUUCUGGUUGAUCCGACUAUCAAUCGCUCGGAGAGAUUGAUUUUGUCUAAUAGAGUCAAGGAUGAUUAUGAGGUCCUACGACCUCCCAAAGAUGACAUAGACAUAGUAAAUGCCCGCAGCAAGCGCAGAGACGUCAUUUAUACGCAUCCGAUGAUACCCGGGUAUCAAGGAUUCAUGCCUAAUUUGAAUGCGCGGCUUGGCCACCGGUACAGCGUGAUUGCUUCUGAGGGACUCGCGGACUUCGAGAGGCAACAGAUGAAAAGUAGAGCUGCUCUCAAUCAUCUGAGAAAAGUCAGGGCGCUGCAUGACGGCUAUGGAGAGCCGCGGAGUCUCGAUGAUCGACAACUCCUGAGAAGCGAAUACAAAAUGCCGCUGGUUACUGUCAGGCCUGAUUAUGCAAUGAUGAUGAGAAAUUUGCCUGUUGACGAGGCUUAUCAAGUACCUAGAGAUCAUUCACCUUCUCCAUUUUUUAUGGAAAAUUCAGAUCCUGAUAAAUAUUUUGUCUCUGGAUACUCGGGGCAUAUUCCAUACGGAUAUUCGCAUUUCGGGUCGAGCCAUGUGCCAAUGACGAACAGCGCUCUGUGCGAUUUUACCACUAAUUAUCGAAUGCGUCAGAGUACUGAAUGGGCACCAGCCACAAUUUCCCGUCCAGAUCCACCUUAUCACAUUCACCCAGCGGAAAUAUAUCACAAGCAUGUUGGCCUUAUUCCAAAUUAUCUUGGUCAUGUACCCGGUGCUGCUUAUAGGUAUGGAAAAACAUUCGGAGCAGAUACUAAAGACGCUAAACGGUGGUUAAGAGGAGACUUUUCUAUUUAA